AUGGAUUUCCCGGUCACGAAGCAAAAGCGAGUGGAAUUCUUGAAACGCCCGGAUCUACAAGGCACCUAUGUUUGUGGAUCGUGCUCCCACGUCUUCGUCCACGCCUCUUCUUUGAAUCGACAUCGCCGGAAUCGCCACAGUGGGGAGCAUAGUUGUCUUCUCUGCGAUUACAAAUUGCUGGAAAACGAGGAUAUCCAUAUCCACAUGAAAACUCACCACAAUCUUUUCGGCACCAUCAUGUGCACGUGUUGCAACUACACGUUCGAAUCGAAAAGCCAGCUUCACGAUCACAUGACAUCGAUGGCGAGAACCGGAUCACCUGGAUCAACGAUGCCAAUCGCAAAGAGUGACAACGCACCCGGUUCACUGUCACAAGCCGUUGUACAAUCGAAAACUCCACGAGUCAUCAAAACUCCUGCUCGCCCGAAGAAGAAAUCCGGGUCAGUGACACCAUCUUCCGCUUCAUCGUCAUCUUCUGAGGCGCCGUCUCGGGCUUCAUCACCGCCCCCACAUCAGAAGAUCUCACAAGUGACUACACAAACAGUCGAUGAUGAUAAAGAAGUGGAAUUUACGAAAUUGCUUCAUGACGCCGUUGCAAAGAUUUUGGAUGGAGGAGAGUAUUUCGGAGAUCUGCUCACUCUUCCUGAGACAUGGGAGGAAAUUGUGAAGAAAGCGACUGCAGUUGUCAAUAAUAAUAUCGAGGAGAUGGAGGCUGGCAAGAAGAUCAAGCAACACCAGUCUAAGCGAUUCAAAUUAUGA